GUCGGCGUCCCCGCCUCCUCCCCAGGGGCCGCGUCGGAUCCUCGGCGGCGGCGGCGCUCACAGCCUGAGGAGAGCGGCUUGCCUGGAAGCGGCGGCGGCCAUCCAGACCCACCCGAGGCGCGUCCCCCUCGGCCUCCCCACGCUCCCAGGCCGCAGCGGCCGCGCCCCUUUAGCUCGCUCGCUCGCCUUCCUUCCCUGCGGCCGGCUGCGCCAUGGCGUUGGCGUUGGCGGCGCUGGCAGCGGUGGAGCCGGCCUGCGGCAGCCGGUACCAGCAGUUGCAGAAUGAGGAAGAGCCUGGAGAGCCAGAACAGGCAGUAGGGGAUGCUCCUCCACCUUACAGCAGCAUCUCUGCGGAGAGUGCAGCAUAUUUUGACUACAAAGACGAGUGUGGAUUUCCAAAGCCUCCGUCUUACAAUGUGGCGACAACACUGCCCAGCUAUGAUGAAGCUGAGAGAACCAAGGCUGAAGCUACUAUCCCCUUGGUUCCUGGAAGAGAUGAGGAUUUUGUGGGUCGGGAUGACUUUGAUGAUGCUGACCAGCUGAGGAUAGGAAAUGAUGGGAUUUUCAUGUUAACUUUUUUCAUGGCAUUCCUCUUUAACUGGAUUGGAUUUUUUCUGUCUUUUUGCCUGACCACCUCAGCUGCAGGAAGGUAUGGGGCCAUUUCAGGAUUUGGUCUCUCUCUAAUUAAGUGGAUCCUGAUUGUCAGGUUUUCCACCUAUUUCCCUGGAUAUUUUGAUGGUCAGUACUGGCUCUGGUGGGUGUUCCUGGUUUUAGGCUUUCUCCUGUUUCUCAGAGGAUUUAUCAAUUAUGCAAAAGUUCGGAAGAUGCCAGAAACUUUCUCAAAUCUCCCCAGGACCAGAGUUCUCUUUAUUUAUUAAAGAUGUUUUCUGGCAAAGGCCUUCCUGCGUUUAUGAAUUCUCUCUGAAGAAGCAAGAGAACACCUGCAGGAAGUGAAUCAAGAUGGAGAACACAGAGGAAUAAUCACCUGCUUUAAAAAAAUAAAAGUACUGUUGAAAAAGAUCAUUUCUCUUUAUUUGUUCCUAGGUGUAAAAUUUUAAUAGUUAAUGCAAAAUUCUGUAGUCAUUGAAUCAUUAGUGGUUAAUGUUUGAAAAAGCUCUUGCAAUCAAGUAUGUGAUGUAUUAAUAAUGCCUUAUCUAUUGUUUGUAGUCAUUUUAAAUAGCAUGAGCCUUGUCCCUGUAGUCAGUAGGGGGCAGUCUUGCUUUAUUCAUCCUCCAUCUCAAAAUGAACUUGGAAUUAAGUAUUUUAGUGUAAGAUAUGUAUAAUGCUGGCCAUUUUAAAGGGGUUUUCUCAAAAGUUAAAAGUUUUGUUUUGACUGCAUUUCUGCACAUAAUCCAUACUUGCUGUUAAAAUUAACCUGGAAAUUUAUUCAGUUGUACUGUGAACACCUGGAAGCAAAAUCAUAGUGCAAAAUACAUUUAAGGUGUGGUCAAGAAUUUGUUCUUAAUUGGUAAAUAAUAAGCAUUAAUUUUUUAUAGUCUGUAUUCUAAAUUUUGCAGUACCUUAUUGUUCUGUGUUACGAAUCUAAAAAGUUGUAAAGGCGUUGUCACUGUAUAAAAUAAAAAGUUCAAGGGCAAAUGCAGCUUAAUUACUAAAAUGCAAUUCUUGACAUUUUCUGUGUGAUUAGAGUCCCUAUCCCCCCUUUUUUCCCCCUUUUUUCCCCCCUUUUUUGGGUGGGGGCUGGUCUCCUGAUGAUUAGGCCAAGGGCUGGAGUAGGGAGGGGAAUAGGUACUUAGGAGCAAAGAAAGAAUUAGUUUGGAACUUUUGAGAUGAUCCCUAACAUACCGUAGUACUACUUGCUUUUACUAUGUGUUAGCAGAAACCGAUGAGUUAUAAACGUAGAAUGAUGUGCUUUCUGCCAAGUGGUAAUUCACCUUGGUUUGCUAUGUUAAAACUGUAAAUACAACAGAACAUUAAUAAACGUCUCUUGUGUAGCAACUUU